GAAACCAUUCAGGCAGCAUUUGAAUCUGCCCGCUUGUAUGCAGCUACAUUUGAAAAGUUCCAGAUAUUCUUCAAAGAGAAUGAAAGUCUUGAUUUAGAAGCUCUUAAACUUCAGGAACCUGAUGUUACAUUCUUUAUUGAACAACUGGAAAAAUAUCACAGACAGCACAAGGACAUAGUAGCUCUAAGGCCUACCAGAAAUGUGGGAUUGCUGCUUAUUGACACUAAGCUGCUAAAAGAAAAACUAAUUCCAUCACCUUUGCGAUGCUUGGAGGUGCUAAAUUUUAUGCUUCCUCGUCUAAGCAAGAAAAAAGUAGAUGCCAUCAUCUCUGAGGCACAAGAUGCAGAGUAUAAGCUUGAGUUUAUUCCAACUACUACCAUAGAAUAUGUUAAUAGCUUAGUAUUUCUUGAUGAAAUUCAGGAACGGAUUGAAAACCUCGAAGAUGAAGGGAAUAUAGUUGUACAAAUGUACAAGCUUAUUGAACAAUAUCAGGUGCCCACACCUCCUGAAGACUUUGCUGUUUUUGCAACUAUGAAGCCAUCCAUUGUUGCUGUGCGCAAUGCCAUUGAUAAAUCAGUGGGUGACAGAGAAACAAGUAUUAAGCAAUUUUGUCUGAGUUUGGGUAGAGAUCUUGAAGAUCUAAAUAAUGAAGUGAAUGAAGUAAAGAUGAAAGCACAGGAUCCACAGAUUUUGGAUAUUAAUGCUGACCAAGACAAAAUAAAGCUCAUGUUGAAUGAUCUGCAAUAUGUUGUAGAUGAUCUUCAAAAACGUGCAUUUCAAUAUAAAUCCUAUCAGAAGAAUUUUAAGGUAGAAGUGUCCAAGUUUGAAGAUUUGGAAGAAGUGAGUGCUGAACUGAAGCUCAAACAAUUGCUCUGGGAUUCUUCAUCUGAAUGGGAUAAACUCCAACAAGAAUGGUUAAAGUCCAAAUUUGACUGCCUGGAUCCAGAAGCCCUAAACAGUCAAGUUUCUAAAUAUGCCAAAUUUGUGACUCAAUUGGAAAAAGGCUUACCACCCAACAAUGUAGUUCCCCAGCUCAAAAGUAAGGUGGAAAAAAUGAAAGAAAAGCUUCCAGUCAUCAUUGACUUGAGGAACCCAACUCUGAAGCCUCGACAUUGGGCAGCUAUUGAACAAACAGUUGAUGCCACACUGGUGGACACUGAAAUUCCAUUAACCUUGGAGAGGCUCUCUGAGUUGCAUGUUUUUGAGUUUGGCCAAGAAAUCCAGGACAUAUCUGGACAGGCUUCUGGAGAAGCUGCCUUAGAAACAAUUCUUAAAAAGGUAAAUCUGAAAUAUUUAUAUAUGUAUAAGACAACACAGUGCUGCAUAUAUAUUUUUCUACUUUCUUUAAAGGUCCUUCUCGAUGACAGCACCAUCAACAUCGCAACCAUUGCCUCAUCACGUUACGUGGGACCACUGAAAACUCGAGUGGAUGACUGGCAAAAACAACUUGCUUUAUUUAAUCAAACACUGGAAGAGUGGCUGACAUGCCAGAGAAACUGGCUCUACCUAGAAAGUAUUUUUAAUGCUCCAGAUAUUCAGAGGCAAUUGCCUGCAGAGGCUAAGAUGUUCCUUCAGGUGGAUAAGUCAUGGAAAGAAAUCAUGAGGAAAGUGAACCGGCUGCCUAAUGCUCUUCGAGCUGCUACUCAACCAGGGCUUCUGGAGACUUUCCAAAAUAAUAAUGCAUUACUUGACCAAAUUCAGAAGUGUCUAGAGGCAUAUUUAGAGUCAAAACGAGUUAUCUUCCCAAGAUUUUACUUCUUGUCAAAUGAUGAACUUCUGGAGAUUUUAGCCCAGACACGAAAUCCACAAGCUGUGCAGCCACAUUUAAGGAAAUGCUUCGACUCCAUUUCAAAGCUCGAAUUUGCUCUCAUGCCUCCUGCUGAAGGAAAAAUUCCUGGUAUUGAUGGAGAGCCAGAAAAGGUUUAUAGUAAUGAUAUUUUAGCCAUGCUCUCACCAGAAGGAGAAAGGGUUAGCUUGGGAAAAGGCCUCAAGGCCCGAGGCAAUGUCGAGGAAUGGCUUGGUAGAGUGGAAGAAGCUAUGUUCACGUCCCUGCGUCGCCUGUGCAAAGCUGCCAUUGCUGACUAUCAGGGGAAACCGAGGACGGAAUGGGUGAUUGCUGGGCAUCCUUCCCAAGUUAUCCUGACCGUUUCUCAAAUUAUGUGGUGCCGUGAUUUGACUGAGUGUCUGGAAAGAGAAGACAGUAAUCAUGUAGAGGCCCUGGAAGCUUUCGAAAAAGUAAAUUUUGAGAGAUUAAAUGCCCUGGCUGCAAUAGUUAGAGGAAGUCUUCCUAAAUUACAUAGAAACAUCCUAACUGCAUUGAUUACUAUUGAUGUGCAUGCAAGAGAUAUAGUCACUGAACUUGUUCAAGCCAAGGUAGAGACAGUUGAAUCCUUUGACUGGCAGAGACAACUGCGCUAUUAUUGGUACAUAGACCUGGAUAAUUGUGUGGCUAGAAUGGCGCUCUCUCAGUACACUUAUGGCUAUGAAUAUUUGGGUGCAUGCCCAAGAUUGGUUAUUACUCCUCUCACAGAUCGCUGCUAUCUUUGCCUCAUGGGGGCUUUGCAGCUCGACCUCGGGGGUGCACCAGCUGGUCCUGCUGGCACUGGGAAAACAGAGACUACCAAAGACCUAGCAAAAGCGCUUGCCAUCCAGUGUGUGGUCUUUAACUGUUCUGAUGGCUUGGACUACAAGAUGAUGGGACGCUUCUUCAGUGGCUUGGCACAGUCAGGGGCCUGGUGCUGCUUUGAUGAAUUUAAUCGCAUUGACAUAGAAGUUUUGUCAGUCAUCGCACAGCAACUCAUUACCAUCAGGAAUGCCAAAGCUGCAAAGCUCUCUAGAUUCAUGUUUGAGGGGCGAGAAAUAAAGUUGGUUAUGACUUGUGCAGCCUUCAUCACAAUGAAUCCUGGAUAUGCAGGCAGAACCGAAUUGCCAGACAAUUUGAAAGCCCUAUUUAGACCGUUUGCGAUGAUGGUUCCAAACUACGCCUUGAUUGCAGAGGUAAUUCUGUAUUCUGAAGGAUUUGAAUCCAGUAAAAUAUUAGCAAGAAAAAUGACUCAGAUGUAUAAGCUUUGCAGUGAACAGCUCUCUCAGCAGGAUCACUACGACUUUGGCAUGAGAGCUGUGAAGUCUGUACUGGUCAUGGCUGGAUCUUUAAAAAGAGAAAACCCAGACCUAAGUGAAGAUGUGGUAUUGAUAAGAGCUUUAAGAGAUUCCAACUUGCCAAAAUUUCUAACAGAUGAUGCUGUUCUGUUCAGUGGAAUCAUAUCUGACCUCUUUCCUGGAGUCCAAAUUCCAGAACACGAUUAUGGCAUUUUGCAGUCAACAAUCGUGGAUGUCAUGAAUGGACAAAAGCUUCAGCCUGAGAUAUGUAUGGUUAAAAAAGUGAUACAGUUCUAUGAAACUAUGCUAGUAAGGCAUGGUGUUAUGUUAGUCGGGCCAACAGGAGGCGGCAAGACCACAGUUUACCGAAUACUAGCAGAAACUUUAGGGAAUUUGCAAAAACUUGGUAUAGACAAUCCCUUUUACCAAGCAGUUAAAACAUAUGUUCUUAAUCCUAAAUCAAUUACAAUGGGUGAAUUAUACGGUGAGGUUAACAACAUAACGUUGGAAUGGAAAGAUGGCUUGAUGGCACUAAGUGUCCGAGCAGCCGUGAAUGAUACUUCAGAAGACCAUAAGUGGAUCAUCAGUGAUGGGCCAGUGGACGCUCUUUGGAUUGAAAAUAUGAAUACAGUGCUGGAUGAUAACAAGAUGCUUUGUCUGGCUAACAGCGAGAGGAUUAAACUCACACCUCAAAUCCACAUGCUUUUUGAGGUGCAAGAUCUAAAGGUUGCCUCCCCUGCAACAGUCAGUCGAUGUGGAAUGGUGUUUGUGGAUCCUGAAGAACUGAAGUGGAUGCCUUAUGUUAAAACUUGGAUGCAGGGUAUUUCUAAAAAACUGAAUGAGGAAACCCAAGAAUAUAUAUUGAACCUUUUCCAACGUUAUGUUGAUGAAGGUUUAAAUUUUAUCAAUAAAAAGUGCAGCCAAGCAAUCCCACAAGUGGACAUCAGCAAAGUUACUACACUCUGUUGCUUGUUGGAGUCUUUGAUACUUGGGAAAGAUGGACUUAACUUGACAAUGGAGCCAACAAAACUGAACACUGUACUAUGCCAGACUUUUGUAUUCUGUUACUUGUGGUCUGUGGGUGGAAACUUAACUGAAAACUAUUGGGAUUCUUUUGAUACGUUUAUUAGAACACAAUUUGAUGAUAAUCCUGAUGCCAGGCUUCCCAGUUCUGGUGAUCUGUGGAGCAUUCACAUGGACUUUGAUACCAAACGGCUGGAUCCAUGGGAACGAAUCAUACCUACUUUCAAGUACAGCCCAAAUGUUCCCUUUUUUGAAAUGCUUGUCCCCACAACUGACACGGUGCGCUAUGGGUAUCUAAUGGAAAAACUACUGGCAGUCAAGCAUUCAGUGUUGUUUACUGGAAUAACUGGAGUUGGCAAGUCUGUUAUUGCAAAAGGAUUGCUAAAUAAACUUCAAGAAACAGAUGGCUAUGUCCCUGUUUAUCUAAAUUUUUCUGCUCAAACUUCAUCUGCAAGGACACAAGAGAUCAUUGAGUCAAAACUGGAAAGAAAAAGAAAAAAUAUUCUAGGAGCACCAGGAAACAAAAGAGUUGUGAUUUUUGUUGAUGAUUUAAACAUGCCCAGACUGGAUCACUAUGGCUCUCAGCCUCCGAUUGAAUUACUUCGACAGUAUCAAGAUUUUGGUGGAUUUUAUGACCGAAACAAACUCUUUUGGAAAGAAAUACAGGAUGUAACGAUCAUGUCAGCGUGUGCACCCCCAGGAGGUGGCCGCAACCCUGUGACCCCCCGCUUCAUCCGACACUUCAGCAUGCUGUGCCUCCCAAUGCCCUCAGAGCACAGUCUGAAACAGAUUUUUCAGGCCAUCUUAAAUGGCUUUCUGAGUGACUUCCCACCUGCUGUAAAGCAAACUGCAGCAAACAUUGUAGAAGCAUCAGUUGAGAUUUAUAACAGAAUGAGUGUUGAUCUCCUGCCAACACCGGCCAAGUCCCAUUACGUCUUUAACUUGAGGGAUUUAUCCAAAUGUGUGCAAGGUAUCCUCCAGUGUGAUCCAGGAACCAUCAGAGAAGAAAUUCAGAUAUUUAGACUCUUUUGUCACGAAUGUCAAAGAGUCUUCCAUGAUCGUUUGAUUAAUAAUGAAGAUAAGCACUAUUUCCAUGUUAUUUUGACAGAAAUGGCCAACAAACAUUUUGGAAUUGCAAUUGGCCUGGAAUAUUUUUUGAAUAAGCCCAUCAUAUUUGGAGAUUUCAUUAAGUUUGGAGCAGAUAAGUCUGAUCGGAUUUACGACGAUAUGCCCGAUUUAGAGAAAAUCGCAAAUGUUCUACAAGACUAUCUUGAUGAUUAUAACCUCGUAAAUCCCAAAGAAGUGAAGUUGGUGUUCUUCCAGGAUGCUAUAGAACACAUUUCAAGGAUUGCCCGGAUGAUUCGUCAGGAAAGAGGCAAUGCCCUCCUUGUGGGAGUAGGAGGCACAGGAAAGCAGUCUCUUACGAGACUUGCAGCUCAUAUAUGUGGUUACAGAUGCUUGCAGAUUGAACUUAGCCGGGGAUAUAAUUAUGAUAGUUUUCACGAAGACCUGAGGAAGUUGUACAAAAUGGCUGGCGUAGAAGACAGCAAUAUGGUUUUCCUUUUCACGGACACCCAGAUUGUAGUGGAGGAGUUCCUAGAAGAUAUAAAUAACAUCCUGAACUCGGGUGAAGUGCCUAAUUUAUUUGAAAAGGAUGAACUGGAACAGGUUUUAGCAGCCACCAGACCAAGAGCAAAAGAAGUAGGAAUUUCCGAGGGGAAUAGAGACGAGGUGUUUCAAUUCUUUAUCAGCAGAGUCCGUCAGAAGCUGCACAUUGUCCUCUGCAUGAGCCCAGUCGGGGAGGCAUUUCGAUCUCGAUGCCGGAUGUUUCCGUCCCUUGUGAACUGCUGCACCAUUGACUGGUUUGUCCAGUGGCCCAGAGAAGCACUUCUUUCUGUGUCAAAGACAUUUUUCUCAAAUGUCGACCCUGGAAAUGAAGAACUGAAAGAAAAGCUUUCCCUCAUGUGCGUGAACGUUCACCUGAGCGUGUCCGACAUGGCAGAACGCUACUACAACGAGCUCCGCAGGCGCUACUACACCACGCCCACCUCCUACUUGGAGCUCAUCAAUCUUUACCUGUCCAUGCUGAGUGAAAAAAGGAAGCAGAUAAUUUCCGCACGAGAUCGGGUGAAGAAUGGUCUCACCAAGCUACUAGAAACAAACCUACUGGUAGAUAAAAUGAAAUUAGAUCUCUCAGCUUUAGAACCUGUGCUUUUAACAAAAUCACAAGAUGUUGAAGCCUUGAUGGAAAAAUUGGCAUUAGAUCAAGAAAAUGCUGAUCAGGUCCGUCACGUUGUGCAAGAAGAUGAAGCUACAGCAAAAGUGAAAGCUGAAGAAACCCAAGCAAUAGCUGAUGAUGCUCAAAGAGAUCUUGACGAAGCGCUACCAGCGCUUGAAGCUGCCAAUAAAGCACUGGAUUCCUUGGAUAAAGCAGAUAUAUCUGAAAUCAGAGUUUUUACAAAGCCCCCAGACUUGGUCAUGACUGUAAUGGAAGCCAUCUCCAUCCUCUUGAAUGCCAAGCCUGAUUGGCCAACAGCAAAGCAACUUCUUGGUGACUCUAACUUUCUAAGAAGGGUCUUGGAAUAUGAUAAGGAAAACAUAAAGCCUCAGAUAUUGGCAAAGCUUCAAAAGUAUAUUAAUAAUCCCGAUUUCGUACCUGAAAAAGUAGAGAAAGUGUCCAAAGCAUGUAAAUCCAUGUGCAUGUGGGUAAGAGCAAUAGAUUUGUACUCUCGAGUACUCAAGGAAGUCGAACCAAAGAGACAAAAACUCCGCGCUGCACAGGCCGAACUUGAUAUUACUAUGGCUACCCUGAGAGAAAAGCAAGCAUUAUUAAAACAAGUAGAAGAUCAAAUACGAGCCUUACAAGAUGAAUAUGACAAAGGUGUGAAUGAAAAAGAAAGUCUGGCGAAGACUAUGGCCCUGACGAAAGCACGCCUAGUGCGUGCUGGGAAGCUGACUGCCGCGCUAGAAGACGAGCAGGUGCGAUGGGAAGAAAGCAUAGAGAAAUUUGAGGAAGAGAUAGCCAGCAUCAUCGGGAACGUGUUCAUAGCAGCGGCUUGUGUGGCCUAUUAUGGGGCUUUCACGGCCCAGUACAGGCAAUCGCUUGUAGAGUGUUGGAUCCAGUACUGUCAGUCUCUGGAGAUCCCAAUCGAUCCUUCCUUCAGUCUAAUUAAUAUUCUUGGAGAUCCCUAUGAAGUACGGCAAUGGAACACUGAUGGGCUGCCCCGUGACUUGACAUCAACAGAAAAUGGCAUUUUGGUGACUCAAGGUAGACGGUGGCCUUUGAUGAUUGAUCCUCAAGAUCAGGCAAACCGUUGGAUAAGGAACAAGGAAAGCAGAAGCAGUUUAAAGGUCAUUAAGCUUACAGAUAGUAAUUUCCUACGAACACUUGAAAACUCCAUCCGGCUUGGUCUACCUGUCUUACUGGAAGAGCUCAAAGAAACCUUGGAUCCUUCUCUAGAACCCAUUCUUUUGAAACAAAUCUUCAUCAGAGGUGGACGACUACUCAUUCGCCUUGGAGACUCAGACAUUGACUACGACAAAAACUUUAGGUUCUAUAUGACGACCAAAAUGCCAAAUCCCCACUAUCUGCCUGAGGUGUGCAUUAAAGUUACUAUCAUCAAUUUCACUGUAACCAAAUCAGGUCUAGAGGAUCAGUUAUUAAGUGACGUGGUGCGACUUGAAAAACCUGAGUUGGAAGAACAAAGAAUCAAGCUCAUUGUGAGGAUCAACACUGACAAAAACCAGCUGAAAACCAUUGAAGAGAAAAUCCUGAGAAUGCUCUUUACAUCUGAAGGAAAUAUUCUGGACAACGAAGAACUCAUUGACACACUUCAGGAUUCAAAGAUCACUUCUGGUGCCAUUAAAAUCAGGCUGAAAGAAGCAGAGUCCACAGAGCAGAUGAUCAAUGUUGCUCGUGAGAAGUACCGUCCAGUAGCCACUCGAGGAUCCGUUAUGUACUUUGUCAUUGCAAGCCUUUCAGAAAUAGAUCCGAUGUAUCAGUACUCAUUAAAGUAUUUUAAACAGUUGUUCAACACAACAAUUGAAACUUCUGUAAAGACAGAAAAUCUACAACAGCGCCUGGAAAUACUACUGGAGCAAACUCUCCUAACUGCUUAUAUCAAUGUUUCAAGAGGACUUUUUGAACAACACAAACUGAUCUACAGCUUUAUGCUCUGUGUUGAGAUCAUGCGUCAGCAAGAAAUCCUAACAGAGGCUGAAUGGAAUUUCUUUCUCCGAGGUUCUGCAGGAUUAGAAAAGGAACGCCUGCCUAAGCCUGAAGUUCCCUGGCUACUUACUCAGUUGUGGUUUAAAUGUACAGAUCUUUCUUUAAUUCCCAAUUUCAAAGUCAAAGCAACUCUAAUGAAAGUGUCUUUUAAAAUUGUGUUUCCAGGAUCUUUUGAGACUUUUAUUAACCCACAGGAAUGGGAAGGCUAUUCGAAAAUGAAACAGGAAGAGCAAUUCAUGACACAGGAAUGGGCCACCACAAAACAAAAUUUUUGGAGUCCAGAAUUGAGUUCUUUCCAAAAGCUAAUCCUUAUUAAAUGUUGUAAAGAAGAAAAGGUGGUUUUUGCUCUUACAGACUUUGUGAUAGAAAAUCUUGGAAAACAGUUCAUAGAGACGCCACCUGUGGACCUGGCUACUCUGUAUCAAGAUAUGUCAUGCAACACUCCCCUGGUAUUCAUCUUAAGCACAGGCUCAGACCCCAUGGGCGCAUUUCAGAGGUUCGCCCGGGACAGUGGGUAUGCAGAACGAGUGCAGUCAAUUUCACUGGGACAAGGACAAGGACCCAUUGCUGAGAAAAUGAUCAAAGAUGCAAUGAAAUCAGGAAACUGGGUAUUUUUGCAAAACUGUCAUCUUGCUGUUUCUUGGAUGUUGGCAAUGGAAGAGCUAAUUAAAACCUUCACAGAUCUAAAUAAUCCUAUCAAGGACACUUUUCGACUUUUUUUAAGCUCUAUGCCUAGUAGUACCUUUCCUGUUACAGUUCUUCAAAAUUCAGUCAAGGUAACCAACGAGCCUCCGAAAGGUUUACGUGCAAAUAUCAGACGAGCAUUUACUGAAAUGACACCUUCGUUUUUUGAAGAAAAUAUACUUGGAAGAAAAUGGAGACAAAUAAUAUUUGGCAUUUGUUUCUUCCACGCAAUUAUUCAGGAGAGAAAGAAGUUUGGUCCCCUUGGUUGGAAUAUCUGCUAUGAAUUUAACGACAGUGACAGGGAAUGUGCUUUACUGAACCUCAACCUUUACUGUCAAGAAGGAAGGAUUCCCUGGGAUGCACUAAUUUACAUUACUGGUGAAAUUACAUAUGGCGGUAGAGUUACAGACACCUGGGAUCAAAGAUGCCUUCGUACUGUCUUGAAAAGAUUUUUUUCUCCUGAAACAUUAGAAGAUGAUUACAAAUAUUCUGAAUCAGGCAUCUAUUUUGCACCCAUGGCUGAUAGCCUACAAGAGUUUAGGGACUACAUUGAAAAUCUGCCUUUGAUAGAUGACCCAGAAAUUUUUGGAAUGCAUGAAAAUGCCAACCUAGUUUUUCAGUACAAAGAGACCAACACUUUAAUCAACACCAUACUUGAGGUUCAGCCACGUUCAUCUACUGGUGGAAAGGGAAAAAGCAAUGAUGAAAUUGUCCAAGAACUUGUGGCGUCUAUCCGGACCAGAGUUCCAGAAAAACUAGAAAUGAAGGGUGCUUCUGAGAGCCUUUUCGUCAAGGAUCCUCAAGGACGCCUGAACUCCUUGACCACCGUUCUUGGACAGGAAGUGGACCGGUUUAACAAUCUGCUGAAGCUAAUACACACUUCUCUAGAAACCCUUAACAAAGCCAUUGCUGGACUUGUGGUGAUGUCUGAAGAAAUGGAAAAGGUGUAUAACAGUUUCAUCAACAACCAGGUUCCCUCUCUGUGGUCCAACACAGCCUACCCGUCCCUGAAGCCAUUGGGAUCAUGGGUCAAAGACCUUAUUCUGAGGACUGCAUUUGUGGAUUUGUGGCUCAAGAGAGGACAGCCUAAGUCCUACUGGAUCUCUGGUUUCUUCUUUCCUCAAGGAUUUCUAACAGGAACUCUUCAGAAUCAUGCUCGGAAAUACAAUUUGCCUAUAGACGAGCUGAGUUUCGACUACAAAGUGGUUCCUACCUAUCGAGAUCAAGCUGCAGUGAUAGAAGCUGCCAAGACAGUGCAGUUUGGACAAGAACUGCCCAUGGACCUGGAGUUGCCCUCUCCUGAGGAUGGUGUUCUUGUUCAUGGGAUGUUCAUGGAUGCUUCUCGAUGGGAUGACGAGGAGAUGGUGAUAGAAGACGCAUUGCCCGGGCAGAUGAAUCCAAUGCUGCCUGUGGUGCAUUUUGAACCACAACAAAAUUAUGAGCCAAGCCAAACAGUUUACCACUGCCCACUCUAUAAAACAGGGGCCCGGGCAGGAACACUCUCAACCACAGGCCAUUCGACCAACUUCGUGGUGACCGUCCUCUUACCUUCCAAGCGGUCCAAAGACUACUGGAUUGCCAAGGGGUCAGCUUUGCUGUGCCAGCUGAAUGAGUGAAAUUGAAAUGGUGCCACCUCAGUCCAGAGAUCUUUCCUGAUGAGGGGGAAAGGUCUAAAUACUUUAUACAAAAAAAUGUUAUUUCCGAUUUGACUUAAGGGUAGAAAGUGUGGCUUUUAUUUCUCUUAUGAUCUAAAAUAAAGUGUUUGAGUUCUUUGUUGGUUA